GUAGAAUUAGAUGAAUUCUUUAACGACCACUGUUCUUUGAGUUUGUAUUGAGCAGCCGCGUAUGUCUGCCAAUUUUUCUGGUAGGCCCACACCUAACCUUACCUAACCUAACCUUAAAGGCUUUGUAUUCCUUGUGGACCAUCCACAUACAUCAACGAAAACGAAUUGUUCAAAAAAAGAGAUGUCGACGUCCAAUCCGUUGGCUCGUGGCCGCGAAACUGGCAGACUAGAUGCGCGUUAUAGUGUUGACGAGGACACAGGAGCCCCAGCAGACGAGGAAGAACAACAAGUAGAGAAGAAAAUCCGACGGGAGUUCCUUACUAUGAGUAUCCUCUUCGGUGUGAUACAUGCUACAGUAACGACGCCAAUAGGAUACGCCACGGCUGCGCUUGGAGCCGAGGUCGGAAGCGUCGGCAACGGGGCGCUUUAUUUGUGCUCCAUCUUUAGCAGCCUAUUUCUGGGAGCUCCAAUGCGUGCAUACUUCGGAACGGUGAAUGCCUUAUGCGUUGGAUCACUCUUGUACGCAUUGUACGUAUCGUGCUUCGGUCUCGCUGUGCUUAGCAAAGAUAUGAACGCCACUCCGAGCAGGACACCAAGCACUGAAGAGGACGACGACGAAAGUCCAUGGCCUCUGAUCUUUCACACAGGAGGGUCUGUUUUUGGUGGUCUCAGUGUGGGCGGUUUGUGGACUGCGCAGGGAGUCUUUUUUGCGGAUUGUGUUGCGGCGAUAGUAGCUGUCAGACUGCGAAGAAUAUCGGCGCGGAAAGCUUCUGGGUCUUCGUUGACCGGUGAUGAAGAGAGUGCUGACACAACUGCAGGUGGUGAAGGGAGAAGUCGACCAUCUUCUAGAGUUGUAGUUGAUGUUGUUCCGAAAACUAACGACCACGACCAUGUAUGGUUCUGGUAUUUGGUAACCUGAAUUUGAUCCUAAGGGUUCUCUUCUUGUUUUCCCUUAGGAUCAAACUCAGGUUACCAAAUACCAGAACCAUUCAGACCAGACCCAGAGGAGUGCUUCUUCAUCCGAUGUCGCGCCAUCGGUAAGCAGUGAACUGAGUGGGACUUUCGGUUCGAUUUACCUUUUCACGGAGGUGCUCUUCAAGAGUACCCUGACAUUUUUUUUAAAAGCAUUUCCGAAAUCCGGGAAUCAAGGAGUUGUUGGGCCUGGUGUCGUGUUUCUUCUCUAUGGCGUGAUCGCCUUACUCUGCAUGGUCCUCAUGAAAUUGAUGCUGGCGGACACGAAAGCGGAUGUUGCUUCGUCCGGUUCUGAGAGUUCGAAGGCGCCGUCUUCAACAGUAGAGCCAGGACAGAGGCAGAGCCAACAUGUGGUUGGAAAAUCAGACGCCUCGGCAUCCGAUGGCCCACGCAAUGGUCCUCGUCGGGAUGGCGGAGUCGAGCUCAGUGCGACAUCUUCAAGUGGGACAAAGACUACGGCUCCGACUGGCGUUGUAAAAGGUGAUAUCACAAUCACUAAUUCAAUCUCUGCAGAGGACCGGCAGGAGGCGAGUAUAAGUUGUCCAUCUGCUUCUUCUAGUAGACCUGAUCCUGAUAAAAACGCGUCGCAGCAGCAACCGACUGCCAACAGUGCAGCAAAAAAUGCAAGUAGUCGUGUUUUCACGGCCAUCAUGCUGUGGCGAGAUCGGCGGCUCUGGCUUCUCGGAAUGCUUAAUUUCGCGUUCGGUGUCUCUGUUCCCUUUCUCAAUGGUUGGGUCAAUAAUUACGUCACAAAACAGGCCCUCGGAGCCUCCAUGCUACCGCUUUUAGGUUCAGUCACAUCCAUAUUCGCAACUGGAUUUACGCUCCUCUACACGCGAGUACCUCUGUUUGCGCGUUCGCACUGGCUCCCACUAGGUGCAGCAAGCUGUUGUUUUGCACUGCAAUCCAUCCUCGUGACUGCUGGAAUUUUGAACACGCAUUCGGGGUGGUGGUUGCUUAUCCUCUACAUACUGCAAGGCAUGGGCCGUGCGGCAUAUGAGUCAACGAAUAAAGCUGUGUUUGCAGACUUUUUCGGGUACCACACUCACUUAGGGUUACUAAGCCUUGUUUUAAAGAACUUGAGGACUCGGUCACAGUUAGCACGGCUUUUUCUAGUACCUGCUUCUUGACAGAUGCAAAAAAUCGUACCUACUUCCAUAUUUGCAACUUGCAUGUUUACUAUACAGAAUCUAGAUAACCAAGUCCAUUCUUCAUCAUCAUCAUCAUGAUCAUCAUCAUUCCUAUACAGAAUCUAAACCAACUUUCAGGGCUGAGAAUAAAGACGGCGCUUUUGCGAAUGUGAUGAUGCAAAAUUGCACGCUGACGGCUUUCCUGUUUUUCUUCAACGCAGCAAACGCCGACUCGGAGAAAGGCAUAGAAUUGCAAAAAAACGUGAUGGGAUGGGGUGAAUUUGUGUUGGCGGCCCUUGUACUACCUGGCUACUUCGCAGCUUCUGGGCGGCUUUGUGCGGUUGUUGGUGGCCCCGAUCAGAACGGGGGGACGAGGCAAUCACUGUUGGAGCGACAAUGAUGAGGAGAAUGCCGUUCUUGCUACAUCAUCAACUUUAAUUUCAACUUUCACUUUGAUUGAUGUUGAUUCGUCAUGCCUAUUGUUCGCUUACAUCUUCAUGGGCGAGGGCUUGUUUGCUUCCUUUGACUACUUACACGCAGGAGAUGUUAUGUCCGAACGCCGAUAUGUGCAUAAUUCAUUUUCAUGAUCUUAAAUAUAUUGAUCUCAAAAGCAAAACUGUUGGACUGCCCUAGAAAGAACCCCGCACUCGCUAACGUUGCUAGCGCACCCUCUGGCUGCCGCUGGAUCCGUUGUGAUUCCAUGGAGAUCAUCCACACGACCCAAUCCUAUCCUCUCAUAGUAGAGGAUGAAUUUUUCGUCAUGAUGCUUGUUCUGUAAGCGAAGAGGGUGAUGCGCGUUCAAAUACUAGAAUAUUUGAAAUUCCG